UGUGGAAAGAAGCUGGUUUGUUUAAUCCUCCUGUUGAGACACCAUUGAUCUGGCUCCCUGAGAACACGGCAGCACAUCGUCACUGGAGACGGGACAUUCAACUGCUCCAAGUGUGGGAAACCUGGAUCCACACGGUCACCCACCGCUGGUACACCAGUGAAUUCACACCAGGGAGAGGCCCUGCUCCUGCUCUGAGUGUGGAAACGGAUUCACUCAGUCAUUCAAUAUGACGGGACGCCAGCAGGUUCACACGAGGGAGAGGCCGUUCACCUGCACUGAGUGUGGAAAGAGAUUUGCUCAGUCAUCCCACUUGUUGAUACACCAGCGGGCUCACGCUGGGGAUACGGAGUUUGAAUGCUCUGAAUGUGGGAAGAGCUUUGCGUCGUCAACUAGCCUGAUAAGGCAUCAACGGAUUCACACAGGAGAGAGGCCGUUCAAAUGCUCUGAAUGCGGGAAGAGCUUCAGUCUGUCAUGUUCCCUGAGUCGACAUCAGCGAAUUCACACCAAAGAGCGGCCGUUCAAAUGCUCUGAAUGUGGCAGGGACUUUAUUCAAUCAUCCCACCUGCACAAACACCUGCGAACUCACACUGGAGAGAGGCCAUUUACUUGCUCCGAGUGUGGGAAGGGAUUCCCUCGGUCGGACAGCUUGCUAAUGCACCAGCAGAUUCACACAAGGGAGCGAAUGUUUACCUGCUCUGGGUGUGGGAAGGAAUACCGUCACCCAUCCAGCCUGAGGAAACAUCAGCGAAUCCAUGUGGGCAGAUCAUUUAUCUGUUCUGAGUGUGGAAAAGGAUUCCUUGCUUCAACAGACCUGCUGAAACACCAACAAAUGCAUACAGGGGAUAAGCCGUUUAUCUGCACCAAAUGUGGGAAGGGAUUCCCUGUGCGUUACAAUCUGCUGAGACAUGAGCGACUUCCCGCUGGGGCAAUGCACUUCAACUGUGCAGAGUGUGGGGAAAUAUUCACUCGCUUAUCAUGCCUGAAGAGGCACCAGCAAUCUCACACCGUGGAGAGACGUUUACCUGCUUCGAGUGUGGGAAGAGAUACACACGGGCAUGUUCUCUGCUAUCCUAAAUCAGACCACCAGGUGGUGCAGAACGAUGGCUGCCUCGCCAAUGGCUGGAUGAGUGACGGUAUCCCUUCCCACACCCCGAGCAGGUUGAUUCAUCAAGACCUCACACACAUGGAACACGUGUUUGGUUUCAGCCUCCUUCUGCGGCUGUGUAAAUGGCCAAAGCUCUUUGCACGGUCAGUGCUCUUGAACACCCUCCUUCAGAAAAUUCACACCAGGGAGAGGCCCUGCUCCUGCUCUGAGUGUGGAAACGGAUUCCCUCAGUCGUUCAAUAUGACGGGGCACCAGCAGGUUCACACGAGGGAGAGGCCGUUCACCUGCUCGGAGUGUGGAAAGAGAUUUGCUCAGUCAUCCCACUUGUUGAUACACCAGCGGGUUCACGCUGGGGAUACGGAGUUUGAAUGCUCUGAAUGUGGGAAGAGCUUCCCGUGGUCUUCUAGCCUGAUAAGGCAUCAACGGAUUCACACCGGAGAGAGGCCGUUCAAAUGCUCUGAAUGUGGGAGGGACUUUAUUCAGUCAUCCGAGCUGCACAAACACCUGAUACUUCACACUGGAGAGAGGCCAUUUACUUGCUCCGAGUGCGGGAAGGGUUUCACUCGGUCGGACAGCUUGCUAAUACACAAGCGGAUUCACUCAGGGGAGAGACCAUUUACCUGCUCGGGGUGUGGGAAGGGAUACCCUGACUCAUCCAGCCUGAGGAAACACCAGCGAAUCCAUACUGAGGACAGACCAUUUAUCUGUUCUGAGUGUGGAAAAGGAUUCCCCCGGUCAUCAGAACUGCUGAUACACCAGCAAAGUCAUACAGGGGAGAAGCCGUAUAUUUGCACCAUGUGUGGGAAGGGAUUCACUGUGCAUUGCCAUCUGCUGCGACAUGAGCGACUUCACGCUGUGGCGAAGCACUUCAACUGUCCAGAGUGCGGGAAAGGAUUCACUCGCUUAUCAUACCUGAUGAGGCACCAGCAAUCUCACACUGGGGAUAGGCUGUUCUCUUGCUCCAACUGCGGUGAUAAAUUCAUGCAGCCGUCAGACCUGAUUAGACAUCAGCGGGUUCACACCGGGGAGAGGCCGUACAUGUGUUCAGAGUGCGGGAAGGGAUUCACUCGGUCAUUCAGCCUGCAAAUACACCAGCGAGUUCACACCGGGGAGAAGCCGUUUACCUGCUUUGAGUGUGGGAAGGGAUUCCCUCGGUCGGCCAGCUUGCUAAGACACCAGCGAAUUCACACCGGGGAGAGGCCAUUUAUCUGCUCCGAGUGUGGGAAGGGAUUCACCCGGGCAUGUCAUCUGCUAAGACACCAGCGAACUCACACUGAGAAGGAUUAACCAUGCUGUGUGAGGCAUCCUGCAAACCCUGUUAGGCUUUAUUUCUAAUACUAUUGGUAACCCCUUUAACUGGACUGAGGUUUCAUAUUCUGCUGCUUUGAACACUGUCUCAGAUACUAAAUGCACACACUGAAAUGCCUGUGAUGACGAGGAAGGAAUCGACUCUGGAGAACAUGGCAAUGACAUAAAGAGCAAUGAGAUUUGGCCACUCUGCUGGAACAAUGAAAUUCCUACUUGCCGCACAUUAACACUACAACACAACAAAUAAAUAUAAUAUAAAAUAAUAAAUUAUCAGUCAUAGUAGGUAAAGGAGGCAUGCCAAAUGACAUUGUGGAAUGAUGUUGGUAUCAUUGGCGAAUUUAGAGAUAGCGCUGCAGCUGUGACUAGCUGCACAUUCAUGGUUAUAGAGAGCAGAGCAGCGGACUGAACUUGUAUUUUUAGGCUGUGUCUGUGAGGAUGGUCUGCAGCAUGGAAACAGGCCCUUUGGCCCAACUUGUCAUUGCCAAUUAGUUUAGUUUAUUGUCACGUGUACCAAGGUACAG